ACUUCGUUGAUUGUUAUGUGUAGCAUAAGUGUAGGUAGGUACGGUAUGUACAUACCUAUUGUUGUUAUUUUUGUGGAAAGUGGUAAUGCAAUAUUUUUCCUGAUUCAGAAUCAUUAGAACUCGACUUCUUGUAUCAAAUAUACUGUAAAUUAAAUGAUGUAUAAACAUAGUAAAAAUAGAAAAAAAUCAAAAAUGAUUUAUUAAUGAAUCCCGCUCAUUCUGUAAGUAAAUUAAUCGAACCCGAACUCAUAUUGGAAAACAAUGGUUCUCUCUCCGUUUCGACGAUUAUUGCACUGGGGUCCCAUAUCGGUUUUAGGUAUAAUAAAAUUAAUAACAUGGGCCAUGGUCCACAUGCUGGGAAUGUGGUGGCCCCCUCAAACUUCAUUCUAUGCAUCGCUUCAUGCAGCAAUGUUCCUGUCAUUUGCUGCGGGAACAUUAUAUUAUUUCUUGCAAUCAUUACUUGAGGGACCUGGGUUCGUGCCUUUGGGAUGGCAGCCUGACAAAGAAGAGGAUGCCCAAUAUCUACAAUUUUGCACAAUUUGUAAAGGAUACAAGGCUCCACGGUCACACCACUGUAGGAAAUGUGGCUUGUGCGUUUUGAAGAUGGACCAUCAUUGCCCGUGGAUAAAUUGUUGCGUUGGUCACGCUAACCAUGGGUAUUUCACUACUUUUCUAAUGUUUGCAGUUCUUGGCUGCUUCCAUGCCUCUGUAGUAUUAUCCAUUUGUAUGUAUCAUGCGAUAAAUCGGAUAUGGUACAUCCACCACGGCUCCGGUGACGAGCCCAUGAUCUACGUCACUUUGACUACUUUACUGCUGACCCUACUCUCAAUAGGGAUGGCUGUUGGUGUAGUACUCGCUGUUGGUACAUUACUUUAUUUGCAGAUUCGAGGCAUACUUCGUAAUCAGACCACGAUCGAGGACUGGAUCAUGGAAAAAGCUGCAGGUAGACGAGAAGAACAGGGUCUGCCUCCGUUCGUGUUCCCUUACGACGUGGGCUGGAAGAGGAAUAUAGCUUCGGUGCUGUCUCGGAGUAGAGGGGAUGGAAUCCGGUGGCCCUUGAAGGAUGGCUGUGGCCAGUAUGAUCUGACCCGCGAGCAGCAGGCGCAGAAGGCGGACAAGCGCGUGCGGGCGCGCCUGUACGUGUGCCGCGCGGCCUACUCCGGGCGCUGGUGUCCGCUGGCGCAGCACCCCCGCGCCGCGCUGGCGCCGCCCUGCACGGACGAGCCGCGCCUGCCGCUGGCGCCGGGCGACGCGCUGCGGGCCACGCGCCACCGCCGCCACUGGCUGUUCGGCGAGCGGCUGGCGGGCGCCGGCGGGGGCGAGGGCGGGGCGCGGGGGCCGCGGGGCUGGUUCCCGCGCAACUGCGUGCUGCCCGAGCGCGACCCCGCCAAAGCCAAGCCCAACUAGCGAGCCCCCCCCAAUAUCCCUCCCCCCGCGAGUCCGCCGCCGUAUAUUUUGUGCAACGUCGAAAAAUCUCGACACCUUGUUACAAAACUACUAAAUAAAUUUAGUUAUACAGUAAAACCUAUUUAAUCGCGGCGUAUAUGCUCCAUAAAUAUGCCGCAAAUACAGUGAAUACGGAAUGGUAAUGUUUAUGGGAUUGUAGGGUAUACGUUCCUAGGUGACAAAAAACUUUUAUUUUCAGCUUAAGCGGUAACACAGGUUUAUUUUGUGUCGAAACUCGGUUCUCAUUUUGUUUAGUUGACAUUAUAAAUUAGUAAAAGAGCGGCAGAGACUCACAUCACUAUUUUUGUAACGAAUGUGAAAGACGAAACAAUAAAACACGCAAAGCGGCUUUUAGUGUUUGUCAUAGAAAAUUGCAUUGUAUUGCAAUUGCAGCAUUAUUUGAAAAGAUACUUUAUUCAUUGUGUAAUAAGAUUUCUUUCAUUCUGUUUGUUUAUAUUCUCAAAAAUAACGUUCGCGGUGAAGCCGGCUCACUCGGCGAUAUCAUCAACAUAUCAAAUCAACAACAUACUUUAUUCAAGAUUGUAAUAAGAUCUAUUUUCCUUUUUUUUUAAUCCAUUUAUUAAUAUGUAUGUACUUGUUAGAUCCGCGAAUAAAGAAUUUUUUUGCCGUGAAUAUAGGAAUUGGGUCGCAUUUUUUUAAUCCACGAAUGAAGGAAGCGCGCAUAAGGUGCUUUUACUGUACAACAAGUGGGGAAUCAACAAAGAACUUUUAACACGAAUUUAUUUGAGAACUUGACUAAUUUUUUUUUUAAAUAAGCUUUUUUUAGUCGAGAAAUAAUUGUGAAAGUCUUAAAUUAUAAUUUUAUUUGCUUUUAAUAUAUGGAAAGUGGGAGUGAAAACUAAUCGUUUUUGCUUCACGAUUUUCAAUGAAUAUACCGAAUUUACAAGUGACAAAUGCAUUUAAUUAUAUACAAAUAAUAUACAUUUUAUUUAUUUUAAUGCGCUUUAAAUAUUUUAUGAAACAACAAAUUGACUAAGAAAGUGUACGUAGUGACUGUCUAUUAUUGUAUAGUAAGUAUAAAUGUGGAACAAAGAUUUUACUUAAUUAAAUUAUUGAAAAGA